AAUUAAUAGGUCAAAGGUUAAAACCAAUAAAUCAUGUGUGUGUACACAGUUACACAGAUAAUACAUUAAAUGUCUGACUAGUCAGAUGUGUUUUUAAUAUUUUUAUUGUAUAAGAAGCAAAAUGUAUGCAAGGAAAAGUGGUCGUGAUUGUAAUGAAGGAUUAUUAUUAACCCGAGCACAGACAGACAGACUUAUAGAUCUGUAUAAAGGUGACAUAGGACUUUGGGACAUGUCUUCUCCUGUCUAUCAUAACAAAGACAGAAGAAGAAAGGCAUUACUAUCUAUUCUUGAUACACUGAGAGAGGAAUAUCCAGGCUUUGAUGCAACAGUUGACCAGCUACAAUACAAGUUAUCUAACUUGAGAGGAUAUUAUUCCAGGGAGUUAAGUAAGAUAAGAAAGUCACAGAGAGUUGGGACAGAUGAGGUCUACAUUAGUUCCUGGAGAUUAUUUGAACCUCUGGAUAGCUUCCUAAGACAACACAUAAUACCCAGGAAAGCUCCAACAUGUGAUCUAGUAGACCUGGAAACCAGUUGUAAAAGAGAACCAGAAGAUUAUGAUUCUGAUGAAGAAUUGUAUCUAGUUUCUGAUGAAACAGAAGAACAAUCUUCCAAUUCCAGCCUUCCUAACCAAGCUUAUCACAUACAACACGCCCAGGAGCAUCAUCACAUGUCUGAGGACCAAUCAAAUGACACUGCAAUAUAUCAUGGUAGCAGUACAAUUUUACCAGUUAUAUCAGGGACCAGAUCUAUAGUACCAGAAAUUGAACAUAGACCAGAGAGUAGUACUCGAAUGAAAAGACCAAGACAUUCUGGUCCAGAAACAGUUAUAUCAGAAACUGAUUCCCUGGAAUAUGAUAACAGAAUAAAAGCAAAGGGUACCAGAUUACUGACAUCACAGUCAAGUGACAGAUAUUCCGUGCACUUUAAUACUGAAAAUAAACCUGAAGAACACAAGUUAGUUACUCCAGAUGAAGAUGACGACAGCCUAUUUGCACGAUACAUUGCUAUGGAAAUGAGGAAAAUAAAAGACCCUCAUACAAAAGCUUAUGUCAAAUUUAAAAUACAUUCAAUUAUUUAUGAAUCUCAAUUCGGUGCUAUCCCAUCCAAUAUCAAUAUGUAAUACAGAGAAAAACCAAAAAAUACAGAAUAAAUCUGAAAAACUGAUUGCCAACAAUUUCGAGUUUCUGUGAAGUGUACUUGAAAGUAACUUGAAGAAAAUUUUAUAAAGUUCUGUUAUUUUUAAAUUAGCUGUGAACAUGAAACAAUUUGUAACAUCUAAAAUUAAACAUGAGAUUUUUUUUCAUUUACUACAAAUAAUACUACACUUGUAUACUAUAAAUAGCUGGUGAUUGGAGUUAAUUAUAACAUAUCUUUAAUGAAAUUUGUAUUAUACAAUCUAAUUAUAGCUGCAUGUUAUAUCACCAGACUUACUGUGGCAGUGUUAUUUUUCAUGUACAAAGAACAGGAGAGAAUGUUCUAAGAAGAUGGCACCUUGAGUGUCAGUUGAAAAAGAGACCCCAAAAAAAAAAUGGUAUAAUUUAAAAACCAUUCAAUAUAAACUAUGUAUACUGAAACUACAUGUUCAUCUCUUCAAUCUUCCUGUUGUAUUGUUGGUUAAUAAUUGAUUGAUUGGUAUUUAACACCACUUUCAACACUUUUGUGCUAUCUCAUGACAGUCAGUUUUUAUUGGUGGCGGAAGCUGGAGUGCCUAGAGAGAACCACCAACCCUCGGUAGGAAAAUUGACUAUACUAGUAAAUAAAGAUAGGAGUCCAGUUCACCUGCCCUGUGCAGCAUUCUAACUCACAAUCUCAGCUUUGACAGGCUAAUGAUACAGUUGUCAUUGGUAGUACUACUUAGACCACUUGUCCACCAAGACCCCUUGUUAAUUAAUCAAAACCAUUUAUUGUAUAUAUUUUUAAAACAAUGACGAGAGAUGACAGACGCCAACUGAUGAGAAAACCUCAAUUGGCAUUUCAAAGUAACUUUACAUAAUGUAUCAGUAAUAAUUCUCAUUAAAAAUAGCUUAUGCUUUCUAA